AUGGCCCGUAAAGGCACUCUCGCCAACGGUGCUAUCCGAGUUACUCUCAAAUACGCCACUGCCGCUCGUUUCCAGCCUCCACAGAUUGUUCCUCCACUCUCCAACUCCUCCGGCUCAACAAAUCUCCCACCAAUGUGCCCUCAGGCCGACGUUAGCCCCUCAAGUUAUUCCGAAGACUGUUUGUAUUUUGUGGCAUACGUUCCCACAAGUGUGAAUCCAGCCACAUGGUCUUGGGGCGUCCCCGUACUCGUUUGGAUCCACGGAGGGUCUUACAACACUGGCUCCGCGUCUGAUCCCAUCUUUGAUGGCUCCAAACUCGCGCAAUCAACGGGCUCUAUCGUUGUCGUGGUUCAAUACCGACUGGGCAUCCUCGGUUACCUCCCACCCCAAUCCCUGUCCAACAACAAGAACUUGGGUGUACGGGACGUCAUCACUUCUCUCCAGUACAUCCAGAACAUCAUCGGUUGCAUUGGAGGUGACAAAAACAAGGUCACUCUCGUCGGUCACAGCUCUGGCGGAAACAUGAUUCGCAACUUGCUCGCUACACCCUCCGCGGACAACCUGUUCAGCAAAGCGAUCAUAGAGUCGGACCCGAUUAACUAUGGCUUCUUGCAACCCUCGACAUUUACGGCCCUCCAAUCAGCGUUCUAUGGCAAUCUUACGAGCUGCGGAACGUGUCUCACCACACCCGUCUCCACCCUCCUCACUGCACAAUCCACCCUUAUCAACAAUGCCCCCGGUAUCGACCCCGCGGCUGGCAUGUCCCAGCCCAUUCGACCAGUCCUUGACGGCACGCUUAUCAAGUAUUCCCUAACAACCACCUUUCCGCCUACGUUGAAGAACAUUCUCUUGACGACGGUAAAGGAUGAAGCCGGUAGUGCCAUCUAUUCCAUUGUCAACUAUCCUCUGCCUCCCGCGUACUUUAUGUACGCGGCCACCGGACUCUUUGGUGCAACCCGAGCUACGCAAAUCGACGACCAGUACAAGGUGUCCAACGAAAACGUGGAUGAUAUCCGACCGGAGCUAGUCGUCGUGAGUACUGAUGGCGCUUGGAGAUGCCCUACAUACACACUUGCACGGACCUGGGCUCAACGGGGAGGAAACGUUUGGGUCGGCCAGUUUACGAUCGGUGCGACGAUCCCUUACAACUCUGGCAUCUCAUUCUGCACGACGAAUGGAAAUGUGUGCCAUCAGGACGAACUCGAAAUCGUCUUUGGUACUGUGCCUUCGCCGACGCCAGCACAGGCUGCCCUUACCGCGGAGGUUCAGGCGCGUUGGGGAGCGUUUGUCAAGACGGGUAACCCCAAUACAUCUGGAUAUGCCAACUGGCCGCAAAUUCCCAGAGGAGGGGCGGUUCCUGUUUAUAACCUGGGUGGCACGACAUCAAUACCCCUUGGAGCGUGUGAUCCGUCCGUCUGGGGCUCGAGCAUCCUCUACGACUAUCAGAUCUAUGGUCAAUGA